AUGGCCCCUGCAAAGAUGCCCCUUCGCACUGACGAAGAGAUGGGCAAGAAGGACGACGAUCACCGUCCCCCAGGCGAAGCGCGCUUUCUACCUCUGCGACAUCGAAAUGUUACCAGACCUCGUCGUAUAUUCUUCGCCUUGCUUGGCUUAUUCCUGUUUUACGAGUUCUUCAAGCACAUGCCGACGGACUUAGCACCCGCUGCUGAUCGAUACAACCCUUCAAUUGCCAAAUUACGACAGGAGACGCUUGCGCAAUUGACCGGCUCAGAGCAACCACAUCCAGCUCCUAACGCAGAGCCCGAGUCCAAACCCAAGGUAUUGGAGCCCGAGGGCAAGGGUGUGUUUUACGAAGGAGAUGUCAAGUUCUACAAGUUGGCGCAAUCCCUCCCUCGAAAGAAAUAUCCAAAAGAUACAGCGAGCAGGGUAGUCUUGUUUGCCGCGUCUAGUCUACGCAGUGUGUCGGAUAUGUUACCUCUUGCAUGUCGAAUGGCAGGUCAGCGCCAGAGUUACGUCCAUUUCAUUCUAAUGGGCAAAGAAGAAGUCUCGAUAGAAGGAAUUAAACAGGUCAAUGGGAUCAGAGAUAAUGAAUGUCCAGUGCUAUGGCAUGAUGGCCGGCCAGACCACGCGCUUCAGUCUAGCGAUAUCCGAAUGGAACGAUCUAUCGUGGGGGGCUUACAACUUCUACAGGCGUAUAUUCACCCAGAGGUCGUAAUUACGCAAGGCAAGAGCUUGGAAGAUGACUUCUUUUUGAAAGGCGUGGAGGCUCAUGGUCGUGAAAAUGGCACUCCACAUAUUGGUCUUGCGUCUGCAGCGAAGGAUCUUCUGUGGAUAGCUUUCCUGGAUUCCACAGCUCUUCGAUCAUGGAAUGAUCUACAGAUUGAAAUGGUUGUUCAUGCACCGUCCCGGUCAUCGGGGUCUGUGAUCAGGCUUCUGCAGUCAUUGAAUGCAGCUGAUUAUCUGGGAGCUGCCCCCAGACUGACAAUUGAGCUUCCCUCCCUGGUGGAUCAACAGUUGCUCCAGUUCCUCCAACAUCUAGAUGGUCAGCUUGCAGAUCAUAUCACCAUUCGGCGACGCAUUCAGCCGCAUUCCAUGGACCCCGUAGAGUCUUCUCUCCGCACAGUGGAAUCGUUCUAUCCACGAGAUCCAAACGUCACCCAUUUGCUCAUGCUCUCACCACAGACAGAGCUAGCACCCUCGUUCUAUCACUACCUAAAGUAUGCUGCGUUAAAUUACAAACAGUCCGCCCAUGCCAAGCGCGUUUUUUCAAGAAUGAUCGGAGUUUCAUUGGAGUUGCCUGCUUUCAAGCCCACUACUGACAGCGAGUCGUUCGCCGCACCAGUCAUGAGCGGUACAAACCAAGAUCAGUUCCUCUCUUCGUUCCUCUGGCAAGCCCCAAAUAGCAACGCGGCUUUGUACUUUGGUGAUACAUGGGCCGAGUUCCAUACAUUCUUGUCCAAUCGUCUUUCGACGCCACAAUCUGCCAAGGCCCCUCAUGGGAAGUUGAUAUCGGACAAAUAUCCCGCCUUCAUGGAACAUCUACUUGAGAUGAUUCGUGCCAAGGGUUAUUAUCUCCUCUAUCCCUCCUUUCCGGGCACCAAGACAGCUGCCAUUGCAACGGUGCACACUGAGUUAUACCAGCCACCAGAAGAAUUUGCUCAUACUUCUAACCUUGAUGACAAGAAUAUUCAAGAUCUUGUCGACCCAACACAACCACUUUCAGGGGAAUUCACGUCUGGAUUGCGAUCUGUUGAGAAGCCUUUGAAUCACGCGUCAACCAUUAUGCCUCUUCUUGACCUUUUCUCUGCCGGUCUUCCAGAUCUUGAUGUUAUGCCUUUGUUGGGAUAUGACGGUGAACAGAUCACAACUGCUGGAUACAACAAACAAACAGAAGAAUAUGCCAAGCAGUUCCGUAUUCACUAUGGAGGAUGUACUAAAAACACUGAUCUUUCGGCGGAGUUGUUUUGCGUUGGAGAGUGA